CCUGUAGGGUGUGUGACCGAAACUUCCUGGUUCUGGCGCCUCAUCUGCCGAAACCGAAGGAACGUUUCAUACGAAACCACGUAACACUACAACUGUACAAAUAUACACUAAUCGUUCAGUCACUUCAUAUGUAUGUGAGCGAGAGAUAAAUCAUAAUUUAAAACACAUCUGAAUCACACGCGCUGCCGGAGAAGCUGCAGAUCACGGAGGAUGAGGCUGCUGUGUUCUGUUGGAAAUAAUGAAGAGUUUCCCAGCUAACCGCAGCCGGGACAUCGAGCGGCAGGCUGGUUAUCUGCAGCCGGAGCACUGCGUCCCUCCGCCUCCGCGCGGGCCCUCGGCCGAUGACAUGUGGUUCAUCCGGGAUGGCUGUGGCAUCGUGUGCGGGGUCAUCACGUGGCUGCUGGUGUUUUACGCAGAGUUUGUCGUUGUGUUUGUAAUGCUGCUGCCGGCGAAGAACGUGCUGUACAGCAUCUUUAACGGCGCUGUCUUUAACGCUCUGGCCUUUCUCGCCCUGGCGUCACACUUCAAAGCCAUGUGUACCGACCCGGGAGCUGUUCCAAAGGGAAACGCCACUAAAGAGUUCAUUGAGAGUUUACAGUUAAGGCCGGGACAGGUGGUCUACAAAUGUCCCAAAUGCUGCAGUAUUAAACCUGACAGAGCUCAUCACUGCAGUGUGUGUAAACGCUGCAUCAAGAAGAUGGAUCAUCACUGUCCGUGGGUGAACAACUGUGUUGGAGAAACCAAUCAGAAAUACUUUGUGCUUUUCACUAUGUACAUUGCUCUGAUCUCUCUUCAUGCCCUCAUCAUGGUGGCCUUUCACUUUGUCUUCUGUUUUGAGGAAGACUGGGCGAAGUGCGGUAACUUCUCUCCUCCAACGACGGUCAUCCUCCUCGUCUUCCUGUGUUUUGAGGGUCUGCUCUUCCUCAUUUUCACCUCUGUGAUGUUUGGAACGCAGGUUCACUCCAUCUGUAACGAUGAGACCGGUAUCGAGCAGCUGAAGAAGGAGGAGAAACGAUGGGUGAAGAAAUCAAAGUGGAUGAACAUGAAGGUUGUGUUCGGUCAUCCGUUCUCCAUCGCCUGGCUCAAUCCGUUCGCCACACCCGAUCACGGGAAGGCCAAUCUCUACCAGUAUGUGGUGUAAGACGUGCACACGAAGCGCUCAACCCUGACGUCACAAUCUGCGUUUGCUUCUGUUUUCCUGCCUGUAACUUUUUCUUAAAGACGUCACUGACGUCCUGCACUUAUGUCCAGUACAAAUAAAACUGGCUGCGCAAAGAGACGUUGAUGUGAUGGGGGGAAACGCUGCCAUUAUAACUGGACACCCACCUCACACAAUGGGCAAUAAUCAUACUUUCUAUAAAUUUCAUCACAGACCAUGUGACGCAGUCACAUCAUAGCGCCGGAUGAGAUUCCACAGAUGUUGAAAUGUUUGAAAUGUGUGAAUGUGAUAUUAAAGCUGACAGGAUUAUUCGAAGGCCUUCAGACCCGUCAGCUGGUCACUGUUUGUCUGUUUUUUAGCUGCCUUUGAUAUAAACUGACCAAUGAAGAACCGCACAACAUUAAAGAGCGAAUCUUGCAAAUACACGUCCAGUCACGAUUCACCCAAGCAUCAAAACGAGAACUCUUUUGACAAAAGCUUUAGGACCUUUAAGUUUUUCAUGACAACUGUGGACAUUUUUUAUCCAAUCCAAGGUUUUACUUUUUGUUAUGAACAAAGUCAAGGAAUUAUUUUUAUUCGGAGUGCUUGACAGCGUUCAUUCCUAAAGAGAGUUGUCAGUUAUCAAACAACAUAUUUUCAGCCUUACGUGAAAAUGCUCCGACCAAGUCACUUCAGUAUUCAAACACGUGAACGAUUGUGAGUUGGUGUUUGAUAAGCACAGGAUGAUCUCAGGUUCACAUAUGUCACAAUCCUGUUUCUACUCCAGUCCAGCAGAGACCUCGUGCAUCAGAUGAUAUCUUCUGUGGAGACUGACAGCUGAGAUGCUUUCUCUCUUUGUUAUUUUAUCCUUCAGCACAAUCUGUGAUCCUCCACAGAGAGCAAUGCACAUGACAGAUGGAUUGCGUAUUGGUUUUGCUGGUUGAUCAGUAUUUACCAUGAGUUCCCAGCAUGCACUGCUGCUGAUGUUUGAGAGUCAGGUGUGUGUCUCACACACUGAAAUUUCUUAGUUUUCACAUGUUCUUGGGUUCACUUUCCAUUUUUUCUGUCUCUUUUUCAGUCUUUUGUUAAUGAUUUUUUUAAUGCAUGUAUUUUUAAUAUCUUGAAUAUUGAAUGUGUUGUUUUGGGCGGUGCUUUCACUUUGAAAGUCAAUUCAAUAAAUCGCUUGUUUUCCAGG